GUAAACAGUUCUGUCGCAUAUUGACCCCGGUAUUCCCGAGCUACACGAAAAUUAUCUCGCAAAUCGAAGCCGUUAAUAUUUGCCUUGAAUCUAAUCUUAAAACUGCAAGAACUGUUAAGGAAGUUUGUAGACAGAUUUUUUAAUUGAAAAUAAUAUGGACACCGAUUUGUAUGAUGAAUUUGGUAACUAUGUCGGGCCCGAAUUGGACAGCGAAGAGGAAGAGGAAGACGAACAAGAACAAGCAGCUGAUGAUGAAGAACACCAAGAUUAUGAUGACGAACAAAUGGAUGACAGUGAAGUCCAGCCAAUGGCUGUUGUUUUACAUGAAGAUAAACAGUAUUAUCCAUCGGCCCUACAAGUGUACGGCCCAGAUGUGGAGACUAUAGUACAGGAAGAAGAUGCACAACCCUUGGAUGUACCUUUAGUGGAGCCAGUUAAAAAGAAAAAAUUCCAGCUGAAGGAACAAGAUCUGCCUGAAACAAUUUACAACAUGGAAUACCUUGCUGAUAUGAUGGACAAUACAGCAUUAAUUCGUAAUGUGGCCCUUAUAGGUCAUUUACACCAUGGAAAGACCACUUUUGUUGACUGUCUUAUUAGGCAAACACAUCCAGGUUAUCAGGAUUAUGAAGAGAAAAAUUUGAGGUACACAGAUACAUUGUUCACUGAACAGGAAAGAGGAGUCUCUAUUAAAUCCAUUCCCGUUACAUUACUUCUGCAAGAUGUGAAAAACAAGAAUUAUUUAAUGAAUAUUUUUGAUACACCAGGUCAUGUUAACUUUUCUGAUGAAGUCACUGCGUCUAUAAGGCUGUGUGAUGGUGUGGUACUCUUUGUUGAUGCAGCAGAGGGUGUUAUGCUCAAUACUGAGAGGCUGCUGAAACAUGCAGUGCAGGAAAGAAUGCAAAUCACCCUUUGCAUAAAUAAAAUUGACCGACUCAUGUUGGAAUUGAAAUUACCCCCUCAGGAUGCCUAUUAUAAAUUGCGACAUAUUGUAGAAGAAAUAAAUGGACUUCUAAAUUUAUAUUCUGAUGAGGAAAACCCCAUAAUAUUGUCUCCUGUUCUGGGAAAUGUGUGCUUUGCCAGUGCUCAAUACGGUAUAUGUUUCACCCUAAAGUCUUUUGCCAGCGUUUACAAGCAAUAUUACUCAGAUAUCAACGUGGAAGAGUUUGCUAAACGUCUUUGGGGUGAUAUUUAUUUCAAUGAAAAAACACGAAAGUUUACAAAAAAGGCGCCUCACAAUUCUCCUCAGCGCAGUUUUGUCGAAUUUAUAUUGGAACCUUUGUAUAAAAUCUUCGCCCAAGUCGUUGGCGACGUGGAUUCCACUUUGCCUGAUGUGCUCGACGAACUUGGAAUUAAAUUGACAAAAAACGAAUUAAAAUUAAACAUUCGACCCCUGCUUAGAUUGGUUUGCAAUAAAUUUCUUGGAGAUUUUGCUGGUUUUGUGAAUAUGUGCGUAGAACACAUAAGAUCACCAGUGGACAAUGCCAAGCAUAAAAUGGGGCACAUUUUUACCGGUCCUACAACGAGCCAAUAUUACGAUGACAUGGCCAAUUGCGACCAAGAAGGAAAACUAAUGGUCCACAGUUCGAAAAUGUACCCCACUGAAGACUGUACGUUCUUCCAAGUACUAGGAAGGGUUAUGAGUGGGACCCUUCAUGCUGGGCAGGACGUCAGGGUUCUGGGAGAAAAUUAUUCGUUGCAGGACGAAGAAGACUCGAGGGUGCUCACGGUCGGGCGACUUUGGAUUUAUGAAGCGAGGUACAAGGUGGAGUUAAAUAGAGUUCCUGCAGGCAAUUGGGUCCUUAUUGAAGGCAUAGAUCAAUCGAUUGUAAAGACAUCAACCAUUGCAGAUUUGACAAUUAAUGAGGAUUUAUACAUCUUUCGUCCUUUGAAAUUUAACACUCAAAGUAUCAUUAAAAUUGCAGUGGAACCAGUGAAUCCAUCAGAAUUACCGAAAAUGUUGGACGGUUUACGUAAAGUCAACAAGUCCUACCCUUUGGUAACUACAAAGGUAGAAGAGUCGGGAGAACAUGUAAUUCUGGGCACAGGAGAGCUUUAUCUGGACUGCGUGAUGCAUGACCUGAGGAAAAUGUAUUCAGAAAUAGAUAUUAAAGUUGCCGAUCCCGUUGUGGCUUUUUGCGAGACAGUUGUAGAGACUUCAAGUUUAAAGUGCUUCGCUGAGACUCCCAACAAAAAGAACAAACUAACGAUGAUUGCGGAGCCUUUGGAAAAGGGUUUGGCUGAAGACAUCGAGAACGAAAACGUUCAGAUAACGUGGAACAAGAAGAAGCUUGGCGAAUUUUUCCAAACCAAGUAUGACUGGGAUCUUUUGGCUGCUAGAAGUAUAUGGGCAUUUGGUCCAGAUAAUACAGGCCCCAAUAUUCUUGUGGAUGAUACGCUUCCUUCUGAGGUUGACAAAGGUCUUCUCAAUUCGGUGAAAGAUUCGAUAGUGCAGGGCUUCCAAUGGGGUACUAGAGAGGGACCAUUGUGCGAAGAACCCAUAAGAAACACGAAGUUUAAAAUUCUGGACGCCGUCAUUGCCAACGAGCCUUUACAUAGAGGAGGAGGUCAGAUCAUUCCAACAGCCCGACGUGUUGUGUAUUCUGCAUUCCUAAUGGCUACACCACGUCUUAUGGAGCCCUAUUUGUUCGUGGAGGUGCAGGCCCCGGCCGAUUGCGUGUCAGCUGUGUACACUGUACUGGCAAAACGAAGAGGUCACGUCACGCAGGAUGCACCCGUUCCUGGAUCUCCUUUGUACACAAUUAAAGCCUUUAUCCCCGCUAUUGACAGUUUUGGAUUUGAAACCGAUUUAAGGACACACACACAGGGCCAAGCCUUUUGUCUCUCUGUUUUCCAUCAUUGGCAGAUUGUUCCUGGAGAUCCACUGGACAAGUCCAUUGUUAUCAGACCUUUGGAGCCCCAGCCGGCAACCCAUUUGGCCCGUGAAUUUAUGAUCAAGACCCGCAGGAGAAAAGGACUCAGCCAGGACGUUUCAAUUAAUAAAUUCUUCGAUGAUCCUAUGUUAUUAGAAUUAGCAAGACAAGAUGUAAUGUUAAACUACCCCUUAUUGUAAUACAAAACAAUUUUUUUUUA